GGCAAUGUUGUUGAAAUCGAACAUGUCUUCGCCGGGGACAAUUUCUGUAUUAUUGUUCGCAUUUUGCAUGCUAUUAGUGCAGUGUUUGGCAGGGAGAGAUUUUUAUCGAAUUUUAGGGGUGCCCAAAAAUGCCAAUGUUAACCAAAUAAAAAAAGCUUACAGAAAUCUGGCAAAAUCUCUGCAUCCAGACAAGAAUCUUGGUGAUGACUUAGCAACUGAAAAAUUUCAAGACUUGGGAGCAGCGUAUGAGGUUUUAUCGGAUGCUGAGAAACGCAAAAUCUAUGACAAACAUGGUGAAGAAGGUCUAAAGGAUGGUGUGGGGCGUCAUGACCCAUUUUCCAGUUUCUUUGGAGAUUUCUUCCAAGGUGGUCGGCCAGAUGAACAUGAUGUGCCCAGAGGUGCAACCAUAAAAAUGAACCUUGAGGUCACCCUAGAAGAGUUGUACAAUGGCGAUUUUGUUGAGGUGGCUCGACACAAGCCAGUUUUCAGGCAGACACGCGGCACGCGAAGGUGCAACUGUCGGCAGGAGAUGCAGACGAUCCAAAUGGGUCCAGGCAGGUUCCAAAUGACCCAGAGGGAAGUGUGCGAUGAAUGUCCCGCUGUUACAUUAGUAACAGAGGAAAAACUGCUUGAGAUUGAGGUUGAGACAGGAAUGGCUCCUGGCCAGGAGGUUACCUUUAUUGGGGAAGGAGAGCCACACAUGGAUGGAGAGCCAGGAGAUCUUGUCUUCAAAAUUAUACAACAGCCGCACAAAGUUUUUGAAAGGCGGGGAGACGAUUUGUAUACAAAUGUGACAAUAUCAUUGCAACAGGCCCUGACUGGCUUUGAAAUGGAUAUAAAACAUCUAGAUGGUCAUCUGGUCCAUGUAACCCGAGAUAAAGUGACGUGGCCUGGUGCAAGAAUACGAAAGAAAGAUGAAGGGAUGAUCCACUAUGAUAACAAUAACCUCAGGGGCACGUUAUACAUAACUUUUGAUGUAGAGUUUCCCAAAGGUGAACUCAGCAAUGCAGAUAAAGAAACAUUGAAAGACAUGUUGAAACAGAUGUCAGAGCCUAAAAGCUACAAUGGACUACGAGGGUACUAGUGCCUAGGAAGUGUUACAAGUAAAUGUACCCGUUAACUCUGGAUAUUUUCAUAGGCGUGUUUUGUACAGUUUGAUAGUAGUAAUACAAUGGCAACUGGAUUCCUGCUGGUCAUAUGUGCACAAACUCGGCAUCAACACACGGUGAACUAUUGAAUUCAGAGGUCUACACUGGUGUGGUGGCAUGACAUUCAGUGUGGAAUUAGUCUUCUUUCUAAUAUAAUUACAUCUAAUGUACUUAUCAAUGAUUCUUCAUAAUAAAUUGUGUACAAUAAAGGUUUCUGCAGAUGUACACAGCUGAUUGAUGUGGAUGGCCCCACACAUGUGGAACCAUGGCAUGAAUACAUGUGGUAUCACCAAAGGGAUUCCUGUGAUAUCUGUAGGAAAAUGUGUGAGGAUUUACCAUCACAGUCUCUUAUGUUAAUAUCACCAUUGAACAGGUCAUCUUAAACUAGAAGUCGCAAUUUUGCCUGCCAUUACCGUGUGAUCCUUUGAUUUUGUUGCAAUGUUUUCUUUGUAUUUAAAAUGCAUUUACAUAUCAAUCUAAUGCAAUCACUAUUUGUUAAACAUUCGCCAUGCACCUAUAGAAUUUUGGGUAUAUCAGUUUGGGUUUACUUCAGUGUUUGCUGGUCUGUUUUAACACUGUCGUGGUUUUGACAUUGUGAAGCAUUGUUGUCAGUACUACUAGUUAUGUGAAAUGCUGUUGUACAGCCUCGCCUCAAUGAUGAAGUCCAUGGGAAUAUUUUAGGCAAUUGUUUUGUAAAUAAUGCAUUAGUUUUUUUUUCAAACUAUUCGAAAAUAUGUAUCCCGUGUUACUGAUUGAAUGAUGAACACAUGUCAUAUGAACUAUAAUGAAAACAAAGUUCACUCAGCAUUUCCUGAUA